AUGGCAGACGAUAACAUUGAUAAUCUCAUUGAGGACAUCAUCAAUGCUUCAAAACUUCCCGCAAAAGCUCGUGUCAUAAAUAUCAAGUCCACUGUCGCGUCCUUCUCCUCCCUUGCGUAUGAAGAAGGACUUGUUCCUGCAGCCCUCGACCGGCUUAUCAACCUGGUCACCAUUCCCAAUUAUCUCGACCAAGCCAGUCUGGCAUCCGUGGUUCGGAACCUGUACCCUGCUGAGCGGGUGUCCGCAAAUGCCGUGCUCCAUGUUGUAUCGGCACUGGGACACGGCGCGCUCAAGGCACCGCUUACUCUGCAGGCUGCGCUGCUGAAAUGGCUAAUCAUGGUGUAUCAUGUGCUGGAGUCGCCGGCGGUGCUGGCGCAAGCGUAUUCCGUCUUGUUCAAUCUGCUUGAUACCGCUGCUAUUCGGUUAAACUUGUCGAGGCAGACCGGCAAUGACCCGCCAUUGGUCGGGUUAUUGAGGGUGUUUAAGGAUUAUUAUCCAGAGAUCAUUGUGGGCCAGGCCGUUCGAGGCAAGGCCUCUGCUUUCAAGCACCCCGAUCUACUAUGGCGCUCCAGGCUGGGCGAGAUUCAAGAUGCGCACCGGCAACGCGCUGCAGAGCAGAGACCGACGGGACCCCAGAGCGGAUUCAGGGUCAACAGACCUGUGAACCGGGCCCUGAGAAACAAGGCUGUGCCUAUCGUGUUAACCUCUCACGCAACCGAGGAUUCUGUCACUCUCGAGGAAGUGGAAGACGUUUCCAGCUUCGUCGCUAAAAUGGACAAGUUGGAGCUCCCGAACCAACUUGUUGCCGUCCUGGCCGACCCCCUCUUACAAAAACUGCUUAUCUUGAGGCCGGACCCCGAAUCCUACCAGCGGAUUUCGAAUUGGCUCGGCGCCGUAUUCCAAGAAGUCAUGGCAGGAGAUGCGGAUGAGGCAACGUUGUGGGAGGUGCUCGAGGUAGUGAGGGAGUUUGUUAUUCAGACCAAGACGAUCCCAUCCCUGCUUCUGAGCUUUUUCAGCCAGUUUUUCAAUAUUUGGGGUGGCGAGGGCAAACGAGACGUAUUGUAUGACAUUCUUAGCUUUACGCCGUUUCACGACUUUGGAGAACUACAUGAACUCAUACUUCGGCCUCUCGAGACAGCCGUGCAGUACUUUGCGCCCGAUUCGCAGCAGGGUCUUUUGCAAAUGUACACAAAGAUUCUGAGGCACUGGACGGCCGUCCUGCAGGCAAGCGACACCAUACCCGAGCACGCCAGCGCAACCGUAGCCUCCCUCAUCCUGCACACCAACACACUUGCUCUCACGCUGCUGCAAACGUCGCCGUCCGUUACAACCGAUGCCUCCAUUCUCGACUUCUACGAGCAAACUGCGCGCGUCUUCACCGACGCAAAGCUCAAGCGCUACAUGCGCAUCGAGCUGCCGCCGCCGCCCCUAAUAUACACCUUCCUCUUCAGCAACUCCCUCGCCACCGUCUCCCGUAUCUGCUUCAUCCUCGCCUGCUACAAGAAAGGCAUCGAAACGGCCGUGGCCACUCGGCCCAGGGCCCUGCCCACGGACACGGACGCGGCGGCCCGGAUCGACUCGCACACAUACGACCGGCCCUACGUCAACCUCUUCAACGGCUACAUCAUGGACAUAUGCAACCUGUUCUGGAGGAACCGGGCCUUCAACGACAGCGAUACCAAUGCGCGGGCGUGCACUCUCUCCGUCGCCACGGUCAACGCUCUGGCGGCGUACGCCCUGUCCGUGGACCGCACGCUGCCGCUGAAUGCCUUGUUUUCGCUGUCGCACUCGCCCGUGCUGUGUUACCAGAGCAUAGAACGCCUCAGGGACCUGGAGGACGACGCGAUGGAGCACGACAGCGGAAUACGAGUGCGGCACGGCGGGCCUGUAACGCAGGGCAGCUUGACGAGGCUGGCCAACGCGGGCGGCAUGAAGCUCAGCUGGCAGGACUACAGGAUCGAGGUCCUCAAGAACUUGGCGGACAGUGGAUUCCCAGGCAUCGCGGAGCUAUUAAAGAAUGCCAUGACGGUGCUUAAGAGGUCCAUCGAUGGCAGGCUGAGCAUUCAGGGGACGCCUAUACCGUCGUGA